AUGGACGAUAAAGUGAAAAUCGCCGCGUUCGACGGGUCCGGCUUCCACAACUGGAGGUUCCGGAUGGAAACCGUUCUCGACACGUUCGAUCUGCUGGAUUGCCUCCACCGGGAGAUGAGUGAGAUCGACGAGUUUAAAUUGGUGGCGGACGAUUCCGCUAGUGUAAAGUCGGAGAAGAAAAAGAAAAUGGUGGAACGAAGAGCCGCGGAGAAAAAGUUUGAAGGAAAGUGGUGCGGCUGUAGAAGACUCCGACGCGGUUUGUCAUUUAUUGUUGACACUGCCACCGUCGUGGCAGCCGAUUGCCGUGUGAAAGUGUCGCUGGAAUCGGAUCCCGGUGGUUAUGGAAGAGUUAAAUACCAGAGCAAGUAUCAAAAUCGUAGAGCAGACAUAGCGGUUGAAGACAAGCAAUCCUCGGAUCGUGUUGAUGUGGCCUUCAUGGCAUCCAAAGAAAAGGAAGAAGAAGGAGUGAAAAUGCAGUGGUUCUUGGACUCUGGAGCGACGGACCACAUGGACGACCGAAAGUACUUCAGCACGAUGCGGCGUCUGGAGCGGCCCGUGGAAGUGGUGGUAGCGAGCGGUGAAAAGUUGUUGGCGAAAUACUGUGGCGAUGUAGUAGUGCACUCAGCUGUUGGCAACGUGAGACAGAAAUGUGAAGCGAAAAAUGUGCUGUACGUACCCAAUCUCAGCUGUAAUUUGUUCUCUGUGAACCGUGUAGCGAGAACGGGUAUGAAAGUCAGUUUCAUUGGAAAUAAAGCAGAAAUUACGAAAAGUGGCACGGUAAUGGCCGUCGCGUUCUACGACAGAAAACAAUAUGUGUUGGAUGUGUUGUACCAGUGUAAUACACAAUGAAUUUCAUCUCGAUUUAGUGUGUAUAUCACAGCGAGCGGAAGAAAUGGCGAUGAAUAGUGAUUGGAGAAGUGUAAUAAAACGAUGAAGACAAAACUGAAA